GGAAUUGCCUACUCUCCCUACACCAAGUCCGGACUGUGCAAAUCACAGUCUCAAGUGCAACACGACAUGGACGUGUUGUCGGCCUUCGGCAUUAUUCGUCUUUACGGGGUCGACUGCUCAGGUGUGGACAAUGUUCUUGCAACCAUCAGCUCGAGCCAGAAGGUUUUCGUGGGGAUCUACAAUAUCGACGAUUCCAGCAUAAAUACCGACUUGCUGACAUUAAAGACGGCGGUCGAAGGAUCCACCAGAGGCUGGGAUGCCAUUCAUACGGUGCUGAUUGGGAACGAGUUGGUGAAUGCUGGCACUGCUACUGCGUCGCAAAUAGUGUCAGCAAUGCAGACUGCCCGCGCGUGGUUUAAAAGUAAUGCUUCCGACUAUACGGGCUCACUUGUUUCAGUGGACACAUUGGUGGCGGUGAAGGGCAACCCAUCGUUGUGUGAUGCCUCCGAUUAUCUUGCUGUCAAUUGCCACCCAUUCUGGGACGGAGGAGUUGAUCCCAGCAAUUCUGGUCCAUGGUUGCAAGAGCAAAUUGCAGCCUUGAAAUCGGUGUGCGGAAGUAGCAAGAAGGUGUUUAUUACCGAGUCUGGCUGGCCCACUCAGGGAGAUACAUACGGAUCCUGCGUGCCAUCGGUAGCCAACCAGUUGGCUGCUGUUAAAAGUAUUGGACAGACGUUAGGAGAUGAUGUGUUGAUGUUCACCACUUACACCGACUACUGGAAGGACCCAGGAGCAUAUAAUGUGGAACAGCACUGGGGAAUCUUUGGAGACCCUGCUGCGUAG